UCUCGUAUUUGGCGCCACAUCGUUGUUAACAAACAGAAGAUUACUGAUCACAAAUUGUUGUAAGUGAAGAAACUCACUCGGACUUACGAACAGUCGAACAUCGCCUAUCAGGGAACUUGUCUGCUUUCUCACCACAAUGUUGUUGAAACCGAUUACUCCAUGCCUGUGGUAUGAUGGUCAAGCCAAAGAGGCCGCCGACUACUACGUUUCUAUAUUUCCGAAUUCCAAGAUUACCUCCGUCCAAAAAUUCAACGAUUCGCACAAGGCCGUCACUGAUCAGGAUACUGGCAGUGUGUUGACAGUGGCUUUCGAGCUCAACGGCCAGCCGUUCGUGGGACUCAAUGGCGGGCCUCAUUUCAAGUUCAACGAGGCGGUCUCCUUCACCAUCCAAUGCAAAGAUCAGGCGGAGAUUGACUACUACUGGGAUAAACUUGGGGAAGGCGGCGAUGAGUCUAAGCAGAGGUGUGGAUGGCUUUCAGACCGAUUUGGGGUCUCUUGGCAGGUUGUUCCGGCAGCAUUGGUGGAAUUGAUGGUGUCAUCGGAUCCGGAGAAGGCGAAGAAAACGACGGCGGCUAUGCUUCAGAUGAAGAAGUUUGAUAUCGCGGCGCUAAAGGCAGCUGGAGACAGCUGAAUUGGGGGCAAUGUUUGACGAAACGAGGAUGGCUAUGUCUCCACCACUCUCUUGAGUAGGGAGCCGCCAUGGCAGUCGGCAUGCGUUCAAUGCGAGGGCGUUUGGGGGAUUGAUGUCUUCCGUUCAAUAUCUUUCGAUAAAUGCAAUCAGCUUUUCGAUGAACGUAGCGAAAGAAUCAAUGACCAGUCAUUACCAGUAGUAUUUGUACACCAGAAUAUCAGUUGACCCC